UAAAUCAAGAAUCAUCCAAAAAACCAUAGCCUUCACCGAAAAGAAAGCGAAAUAUCGAUCAGUGGAAGAAAAAUAAAGCAAAACUUCGACGAAAUGCUGGUCAGCAGUAUAAGUCUUUAAAAACCCACAAGACUGUUGAGGCUGCUACUAGAGGAAGUCCCUGUACUUGUUCAAAUAAAUGCUUCACAAAACUGCUUGCAGAGGAAGAAAACAUUUUUCAUUCAUUUUGGGACAUAAGACACUUUAAUGCCCCGAAUACUUACCUGAUGAGCUGUAUGAAAAUGGAACCGAAAAAGCGGAGGUUUGUUCACUAUUUAAAUACAAAUGGUUUAAUAUUUUGUAGAUUUAUUUCAUUUUGUUAUAUUUGUCAUAAUUUCUUUCAAAGCUAUCCAUAAAAGACUUCCAAGACAAUAUCAUCCAGGGAUGUUACAUUUUCUUAUAAUGUGAGGGCAUGCGGAAUAGAAGUCAUGAUCUGCAAGGAAGCUUUCCUAAGGUUCGUGGCUUACAGAUACAUGCACGAAGAGUGAGGAAUUUGCAACAUCAAAUGAAGCAGGGAUUUGCAGUGCCAAAAGAAGAUGGAAGAGGAAAACAUGGAAACUACCCAUAUAAAUUUCAAGAAGAAGCUGUACAAAGUGUUGGAGAAUUUCUCAACGCCAUACCGAAAUAUAACAGUCAUUACAGUAGGCAACAGAACCCCAAUAAAGUGUAUUUGGAUUGUGAUCUCACAAUUGCUUCCUCAUUUCAAGAUAAAUACUCAGAAUACUGGAAGGAAAAGCAGGUUCCUGCAGUAUCUGAAAGUAAAUUCAGAGAAAUUUUCGUAUCUGAAUUUAACGCAGGCAUCUAACUAACAAAAAGUGACACCUGUUCAAAAUGUGAUGGAUUUCUAAUUGCAAUAAAUAACCCAGAAUUAUGCGCAGAAGAAGUCACAGAAAAGAAACAACAAUAUGAAUUGCAUCUCAAAAAGGCUGACAGAGGACAAAAUAUGAUUGCGUCUUUAACUGCUCUGGCUAAAGAAAAUUCGAAAGAGCAUGUGAUAGCAUUGGACAUGCAGCAAACAUUCCACACACCUAAACUAAUCGUAGGUCCAGCAUUUUACAAGAGGAAAAUGUGCGCAUACAACUAUGGUAUCCACGACUGUGGAUCAAAUAAGGGUUAUAUGUUUCUGUGGAGCGAGAAAGAUGGAGGACAGGGUGCAGAUGAGGUUGGGAGCUGCUUAUUGAAGUACUUGGAGAUAACUAACCCUCAGACAAAACAUCUCCACAUAAUCAUAGACAACUGCAAGGGUCAGACAAAGAAUUGGACUAUUAAUGCUUUGGAAAGGUCCCUUGUUGCUAUCAAAAGAUUUGAUUCCGUCCAGCAUUACUUCCCUGUGGUAGGUCACACCAUGCUACCUUGCGAUCGUGAUUUUGGUUACGUUGAACGGUAUGCAAGAAACAGACAUCCAAUAGUGUACACUCCAGAUGAAUGGGCAGAAGUAAUAAAAUCUGCAAGUCCAAAACAUUUCAUUGUAACUAAAAUGGAAAGAGAAAACUUCAGAAGUUUGGAAAGCCUGAAGACAUUGACCUCAAAACGUACAGAAUCCACGUCUGGAGAUCCCCACCAUUUCAGUGAAGCUACUCAAUUUAAGUUUGAGUCUGAAGAUCCCUUCAAGCUAAGUGUAAAGCACUCUUAUUCAGACAUAGGAGCUUUCAUGUCAAUGGAUAUUCGUGUCAAAAAGAAAGGAAGGCUACUUGAACCAAAUCCAUAUCAGCUGCCAAUAAAGUGCAGAAAUCCACUACCAAUUAACCAGAAAAAAUUUGAUGAUGUACUGUCUCUUAUGCCAUACAUACCUGCAGAAAAUCAAGAUUUCUUUCGGUCACGUACUGGAAAUAACGUGUACGAUAAUGAGGUAGAGGAACUUCCUUGAUGUAACUGAAUAAAUGAAAAAGUAAUUUAUACA